GAUGAGGUCUGCCAGAGACCUGGGGCGAAUGCAUGUAGACGAGGUUCUUGGGUAAACAAAAAAAGGGCGGCUAAAUAAGCCAGGUUCUAGAUACGCGCCAAUGCUCACAAGACCAAUAAACUGUUAAUUAUAGAAGAUAGCCUUGACUUGAGGUUAUUGUUUGUACGUAUUGGGGCUAUCGCAGGUUUAUAUUGCAGGGAGUUAAAAGACACCUAUUCUCAAUUAAAAGAAUGGCUGAGCCUCUUCCCCACGCUCGGUCCAGUCCCCUUAUGAUAAUCGAAUCUUAGCUAUUAGAUGGACCUACCCGACUAAUUAUUUGCAUGGUGAAAAGCCGGAAAAGAAUUGGCUGCGAUGCGCUUUCAUAAAAAAUAAAUAAAUCUCUAUUCUUUUACGCUAUUCUAUGACGUUUGUAUUAAACGUCCAGAACUUUCCUACACUAAAUAACAGAUUGAAAAGUUUGUGAAUUUGUCGCAUAAAUGGAAAUCGGUUAUUUGAUUAAUUAGAAGUUCAAAGCAUAUUUUCCAAACACAUUUCACCUUCGCUAUUAAACUUCGGACCUUCAAAAGGCACUUUGUAUCAAUGUUUUCUUAUUUGGCACGUCUAUGCCGUCUUUGUUUUGCUCCAGACUUCUCCGCGAUCACCAAGUCUGCGACAUGUAGCUCUGCGACAUGUAGCAUGUGAGUAUGAGACCCAAGGGGCGAUCAUCAUUAGCAGCGUUUAAACUCGCAGACUUAUCCCUUUACAUGGAUCAGGGGUCUUGUAAAAUAGCGUGUUUGACAUUCUCAGCAUUGAGAAUGUGACAAACCUCCCAUCUUCGCUAUCUGAACGUGUCGUGAUCCAUUCUGGAUUGACAAGACGUGAAGAACACUAACGGAGAAAGCUUUUUCUAAUCGAAACAAUCAGGCCUUCAGUUCCAAAACGCGAUGAACAAGCAUGAAUGGAAAAAUGAUUGAAACGUGUGUAAAUUGUGUAAAAUUCUGUGCAGAUUUCGUGAGCAACGUUGUGUAGAUCGUCGUUUCAAGUUUCCAGACGAGACCAGACUCGAGCCUCGCUAUUCCCAUAUCUAACGGUAUUGGAAGUAACGCAGAUCACCGUUUCCUCUUUGGAAUUCAAACGAAUUCAACUCAUUAUCAAAGACAAUCUCGGGUAUCUCGAAGACAGCUUAAAACGACCAGAAGAAUCGGGAACCAAGAAAAAUUGUAAUCGUUUUUACACAAAAGUAACAGCAUGUGAAGACGAUAUACAGACGAAGUCGAGCAAUAAGAAACUUAUUCAUGGUAAAUGAAAGUGCUUAUUGAUAGGGAAACACUGCUAUUGGAAUCGUAAUUCAAAGUAUCAGGCAGCGAAGACGCUUUCUCUAGCGGCAGUCACGUGACAAGGGGCUAGACUGUAUAACUGGAAGGAUUACUGACAAGCUAAAAAACAAGGUGGUCUACGUAGGCGUGGUGUAGACAAGCUGUAGGCGAAAAUCAAAGAGGACACAAGUGAAUGUUAAAAACUCAACACUUGAACAGUGGAAUAUUGGACCAUUCUCGUACAUUACGUGAUAUCCUCCUUUGCGAUCAAGCUAAAACGGCCCUGAUAGCAAUGUGUAAAUGAGUCAUCGACUGGAAUCUCACAGGGAGCGCAACACGCGGCUUGUUUAGGUUACGUGAUCAAUUCUGUGAUUCUCUGUUACGACAACCUUGCGCUGUAUAAAACUUGUUUUUCUUCAAGUUAUUACUUUGGUGUUUUAUCAACUGCGAAAACAAGGACUUCGAGAGGGCCGAGUCGGGCAGAGUCACUGGUACUGGACUAUUCUCGGGGUAGCUUCAUCUGCCAACGAAAGGCCGAUUCAUUUACGGUUAACAUAGAAGCUUAUAAAUACAGUGUCCCUCGAGUACGGCUCACGUCAUACGGGACUUACGGGGUCACAUACGGGACUCACGGUGUUACAUACGGGCAUACGUAGGCAUACCGUAUUACUAAUAAGAUAAUGAAUGAAAGCAAUGUAUCCAGACUACCACCAUUGCAUCACGUGACUUCAUCCAGCGUCAAGGGAACGGUUUGGGCAUGCGCAUUCGGCGCCGAGUCCUUCCUGAUUGUCGUUUCCAAUCUUCUCACGGUCGCAGUCUUCCUGACAGGGCGUCAACUGCGCAAGCGCAGCACGUACUGCUUGCUCAACCUCUCCGCCGCUGACUUGUUAGUGGGCGCGAUUCCCAUGCCUAUGUUCGUCUAUUUGAUCGGGGUGCAUCACUCGUUGUGGGAGUUGACCUGGGACAUGAGCUCGUGGCGUAAUGUUUAUAUGCCCGUAGACAUGAUGUGCGCGUUCUCGUCCAUAUUCUGCCUUGUAUUGCUGGCACUUGAGCGCAUCUACGCCACCCUGAUGCCCUUCCGCCACAGGCAGCUCGCAGAUCGCGGGUACCUCUUCGCCAUCAUCGCAGUGUGGUCAGCGGCAUGCACUAUCUCACUCGCCUCAUACUUCUCCCUGGCAAUAUUCCACAGCCAGCCCAUGUCUACAUAUAUUCCCAUGACGUCACUUUGUAUUGCGGUCCUUAUUAUGGUAAUCUCGUACUUCCUUAUAUGGUUCAAAGUCAAGUGUCAUAAUAACACUCACGGCGAAGGCUGUCACGUGGGACGUAAGAUGACCUAUGAACGCAAGCUUGCUAAGACACUGUUCAUAGUAACCACUGCCUCGCUAUUGGCCUGGCUCCCUUUUGUCGUCACCAGCACUGCGGCGAGCUUCUACAAGAUAACCUUAGACUUCGAAAUCGUGCUAGCCGUCAAGCUCUUACACUACAGUAACUCCCUGAUAAACCCGGUCAUAUAUACUUUUAAAAUACGCGAGUUUCGGCGCGCGCUGAGUGGAAUGGUACGGGGUCGCACCAGCUCCUUCGCCUUGCAGUCUGGUCACGUGCCCUUAGAAGUCAUUCGAUCAUUCGAGAACUUGAGGAUUGCCUCACUGCGCAGCUGACACAACGUAUUAAUUCCAAGAAUCCACCACAACGAUUCGUUAAAACAACGUUUGACUACAGCUUUGCACAUUGCACUUCAAAAUGCAGAAGUUUUGAAAGAAGUUUUAAUGAGAAUGAGUAUAAAAAGAAUAAAUGAGCGAUCUUA